AUGUCUAGCAUUGAGUGCAAUAGUAAUAAUGAUUCCUAUGCACGCAUCGAUCUCUGUGAGCUAAAGCCAGUGGGUCGUGGCGUUAAGGAGAUGUCCGUAAUCGUAAAAUUAUUUGAUAAACCAAUCAGUAAUGCUUCAUUCGGUCUGGAGUUUAGGCGUCGAGGAUACUUUACUCAGCCUAUAUACAAAUAUGUGGUCGAUGCUUGUUUAUUUUUGCGCAAUAAGAAACGUAAUCCUUUGGCAAAUGCCUUCUACGAUUUCCUUCAGUUAGCCAACAAAUCGAAUAUGAAUCACACUUGCCCUUAUAAUCAUGAUUUAAUUGUGGAUCGCUUUCGGGUAGACAAGAAUUUAAAAUUUAAUCUGCCGAUUGAGAAGGGCGACUAUACAGUGGAAGUUUUCUUACAUACCUACAAUGUGCUACGGGGCACAUUCAAUGCAAAUCUGGAAAUUCGCAAUUAG